UUUCCAUGACAAGUUGACAGCUAUUAACCAAUCACAGUUUUGUACGGUUCUUAAACUCGGUUAUUCGUGGUUAUUAUUCACCUAACCUGUUAACUGUUAAUUAUUACGGUUACGUUAAAUAGCUACAUCUCUAAUCUCCGAAAUAGCUUACAACACUUACUGGAUUACUGGAAAUUAAACUCAUAUGGAUAAAGAGGUUGUUAAUAAUGUUGAAGCUUCGGAAAGUGAAGAAUUAGCGAAGAAAAAAAAGAAGAGCAAAAAACAUAAGAGAAAGAGGAAAACAACCAGUAAUGAUGAUGACAUAUCCUCCAAGAAAAGGAAGAAAUCAAAGAAAGAAAAAAUCAAAAGUCCAAAGCCAGAAAGUCAAACUUCUCUGUCCGAUGUUGAAGAAUUAGUAACAAAAUCACAGCAACAGACGUCUCAUAAAAAAUCGUCACAUUCCUCACCUGUUACAGAGAAAGAAUCGAUAACAAAUAAAGCACCAAAGGCAAAGAAUGGAGAUGCAGGAUCAAAUAGAGAAGUAAAGAAUAAACCUAAUUCAAAAUUGAAUAAAAACGAUGGUUUGGAAACAAUUUCAUCGAAUUCUGGAACCGAAAAUUAUCAAGAAGAUUGUGCAAGUCCUGAAUUGGCCUUAAUAGAAGAUGAUUUAAAUCUUGAAGAAUUGAUGAAACAAAAAGAACUUUUGCAAGCUCGUUUAGUUGCCUACUAUUCAGAAAAGAGUGAAGAUGAGGGGGAAUGCAAGGAUACAAAUGAUUCAGAAGCAACUGAUACUAAAGCAACAAAUGAAGAAAGUCGCACACCAACACUUAAGAAGAUACAUAAAGACCGUGAUCACAAUACAAAACUAACAAGUAAGCACAAGUCAAGCAAAGAACAUUCUUCGGAAAGGAAAACGGAUAAACACACAAACAAACACCAUAAAGAAGAUUUAAGAGAUGUGAUAAAAAGAGAGAAAAAAGGCGAGAGAAGAACUGAAGAAUGGAAAGAGACUAGAGACCAUCGUACGCGGAAAGACUUGGAACGCUAUACACCUACUUACAGAGAAAGGGAACGAGAUCGCGAAAGAAAACGUGAAAGAGAAAGGGAAUCAGACCGAGAAAGAGAACGGGAGAAGGAACGAGAUCGUGAAAGAAUGAGACGAUCAUUGGCAUACAAAAAGAAGGAAAGUGAAAGAAGUAGCCAUCGUUCAAGGGAAAGGUAUUCACCUGUUGGUCGGCGAGAUCGACGAGCGGAAUAUCGUAGAUCCCGCAGCCGAGACCAUAGAGCACGUUCAAAAGAUUCCAAAUUAGAUUACAGAGAUAGACAUAGGGUAGGUUAUAAGCAAUCUUCGCAUGAAGCUUCACAAACUAUAGUUAGUUCAAGUGAUGAAGAACUGGAUAUAUCUGUUCAAACUGAUGAAGAGGAAGAAACUGAAGAACAAAUCAUAGAACGGCGAAGGAAACAACGUGAAGAACUGAUGAAGCUACUGGGUGGAAAAGAUAAUAGUGUAACCAGCGGCAAACUUACACCACCAUUAACGGAAAUUAAACAAAAAACACCAAAUGAACAUUCAAAAGAAGUUACUGCUGCCAAAGAAAGUGAAGUUAUAGUCACUCCGGAGCCAACCAAAAGCGUUGUAAAAAUAGAUGAUAAAGCACAUGAUAAUGACGCCUCAAAUAACUCUGAUAAUACAAAUGAAAAUUCUUCAGCUGAUGAAAAGAAAGGUAAAGGAUGGGAUAUGUUUGCAGAUCAAGACAACUUUAAUAAUUUCACUACUCCAACUGCUAGAGAAACUACUACUAAAAAUACUAUAGAGAAUCCAUCUCUCAAUGACAAUUGGGAUGAUGCAGAAGGCUACUACAGAGUUCGCAUAGGAGAGACGCUCGAUAACAGAUAUACGGUAUAUGGGUACACAGGCCAAGGUGUGUUCUCCAACGUCGUACGAGCUAGAGAUUUGAUCAGAGGCAGCACUGAUGUAGCAGUCAAAAUUAUAAGAAACAAUGAAAUAAUGCAUAAAACUGGAUUGAGAGAAUUGGAAAUUUUAAAGAAAUUAAAUGAUGCGGAUCCUGAAGACAAGUACCACUGUCUCAGAUUGUUCCGGCACUUUUUCCACAAACGGCAUUUGUGCAUGGUGUUAGAGCCAUUGUCUAUGAACUUGAGGGAAGUUUUAAAGAAAUAUGGCAAAAAUAGUGGAAUACACAUCAAAGCUGUACGAAGUUAUACUCAACAAAUAUUAUUGGCUUUGAAAUUGCUGAAAAAAAGUAAAAUUUUGCAUGCGGACAUUAAGCCUGAUAAUAUUUUGGUAAACGAAAGUAAGCUGGUUUUGAAACUUUGUGACUUUGGUGCGGCGUCACAUAUUACUGAUAAUGAAAUAACCCCAUAUCUGGUAUCUAGAUUCUACAGAGCGCCUGAGAUUAUAUUGGGAGUACCUUACGACUAUGGCAUAGAUAUGUGGUCUACCGCUUGCACAAUAUAUGAACUGUCGACAGGUAGAAUAAUGUUUAGUGGUAAAUCAAACAAUGAAAUGCUGAAAUAUUUUAUGGAAUUAAAAGGGAAGAUACCAAACAAAAUCGCGAAGAAGGGCCAAUUUAAAGAACAACAUUUUGAUGCAAAUUGCAACUUUUUAUACCAUGAAUUGGAUAAGAUCACAGAAAGGGAAAAAGUGGUAAUAAUGUCAAGUAUCAAGCAAACUAGAGAUUUGCAGUUAGAAUUAUCGCCUCCACACCAUCGCCUGCCUCCAGAGGAAGCUAAAAAAAUAGCCCAAUUAAAAGACCUUCUUGAAAGAAUGCUUAUGCUUGAUCCUUCAAAGCGAGCAUCCGUCAACCAUUGUCUCACCCAUCCAUUUAUACAAGAGAAAAUUUAAAUAUCCAUUUGUUAAAUAUUCAUAUAAUUGUCAAUAGAUUAAUGUAACAUUGAAUAUAUGAAAUCAUUGCUUGUUGUCUAUAGGACAGAUGAAUUAUUUAAUAUUAGAUUGUGAAAAGUACAUGUUUCACCAAGUGUUGAUCUACUGGGGCUAUAGUAAAUAUUUUAAGAUUACCAUAAUCUAUUUAAAAACCAUAAAUAGUUCAAGAAAAAAUAAUUAUUGUUGUAUGUUGAACUAAAAAUAUGUCUGCGUGCGUUUUUCUUGUUCGUGAUUAAUGCAUCAGGCAGCAUAUGUUAGUUGUUAAGAAACGAGAAACUUUUUUCACUUUGCAAUCUAUCGUUUUCCAUUCACCCCGCCUCCAAUCCUUAACAUUAGUAGUUCAUUUUUCCACAUGUGUAUAUGUCAUGUAGACUUUAGAAAAUCCAUUAGAUAUCUGAAUUUAUUACAACAAGAAGUUUGUAUUUCAUAGGAUAUUUUAGUUGAUAGUACUUAAAGAGUUACGAAAGUCAAGCAAACAGUGGUUAUAAAAAAAUAAUCAUUCUAUAAUUUUGUGAAAAUGAAAAGUAUGCCCUGUGUUUUGUUAAUUAUCAUCUGUAUGUGUUAAUGAAUUGAUGUAAUAAUUGCAUAAAAUAUAAAGUAAU